CAGCAUUCCUCUCAUUCUAUGCACCUUGCUCUUUUGCAUUAGUCCUCGCUCUCGCUCUUGAUCUUUUCCGAUCUUGUAAUGCACAACCACUGGUCCCUGGUGAGAUCUAUUGACAUAUACGGUCUACAGUAGAAGAGCAACCUGUAAUGCAUAUUUCGAAAAAUAAACAAAAGUGAAAAAAGAAAAAUGACAUGGCCGAGGAAAAGGGAGGUAUUCAAGAUCGCUAUUGGUAAUUUUAAUCCGUUCCUUUUUGUCUAAGACAUUUUCUAGAAGUAAUAAGGUAGAAAUAGCAACAGAUAAGAGAAGAUAAUCACUUGAGACUCGGGUCGACAUUUGGGACGAGUACCUUGGCCCGGGCGGGAUGCUCUUUCACAAUGUGCAACAAAAACACCUGAACUGUCUCCUCCCCGGCGGAUACGUACUGGGGCAGGUUUUGAAUCUCGGGCGGGACCCCAAGACGAAAGCAGUGACCAACGGGUUUUUCUGGGUGCAGCCGCUCCGCGCGACGAGAAUCGGGGAGUGGAGAUCGGAGCGGACUGAACGGUAUGGCGUGCUCAGACGUAUACAAUCUCAAGUGUUCUUACAAUUGAAACAAGGUAAAUCUGUCAUGCAAAAAGUGCAGCAUCUAGGUUAGGUAGCCUACUGUCACAGAAUUGCGCAUGACAAGUUCAGAAGCUCCAAUCCCGAUGAGACUCUGGCGAAAUUUGUAUUGCGAAAACCGCAAAGCUCUGCAUCCAUGUUCCUCAUGCUCUCUAUGCAACACAAAGACAAAAUCCACCAGUGACUCUAUUGUAACGUUUGAGAUUGGUCACACCUGAGCAGGUCAUAGGGAGGACAAGGAACUUCUGAAACGACUCCAGGCACUACUAGCUACUUUCCCCCGGCUGUG